CGCUAGCACAGGAUCAAUAGUCAACUUUCAAUCCCAACCAACAAAAGCUCGAAGCUCGUCCCGGACUUCUGGCAAAGAGAGAGAGGAAUAGAGAGAAGAGAGAGAGAUGCCGAAGAGGGCUUCUGGCAGAGAGAGAGACAGAUGCCAGAGGGCUUCCAACAAGGGGAGUGAGAGAAAAGCAAGGGAGGGGCAAGGAGGGUUACGGGCUUUUUGGCCUGACCUGGGCUGGGAAAAGGCUGCAAUUUCCUGGCCCGGACCUGAUGCCCGUAUUUGGCCCAAAAAAGGUCCGAAGUUCCGGCCUGGCCCAAAAGGCUGAGGCUCGUCCCAGAGCAUUGGCAGCCUUAAAUUAUAACCAUAGUUUAAAUUUUAAAGUAACCACUUAUCGAUAAAUUCAUUGAAUUGAUUAUCGAUAUUUUGAGGAGAUUUGACUAUUUUAAUAUUUUUAGAAAAAUAAAAAUAAAAAGCCAUGGCCAUGAAUAUUUCUUGACACUAUAAACUUCCACUUUCAACCUUUCAAAUCUAUGAAGGUGGUUAGGCUAAUCAUUUGGCAUGCCUUCGAAGCAAAACAACCGAUUGAAUGAAAAAACGAUAUAUCUUUGGGUUCAAGGAAUGACACAUAAUGCAAAAAGGAAGAAGCCAUUGAAGACAACAGAAAAAACACUCACUCACACACACACAAAAGAGCUCACGUGGUGUCAUUGCCCUUGAUGAGUAGUUGAGGACACCAUGUUACAUGGAACAAUUGCAAUAGAACUUGUGCCUGCCACAACAGUGAGGCUCUAAAACGCUCUUCGUGUUGAAGAUCAUUCCAAAUCCAUGGAAAACACCAAUUUUUUCCAGAGGCCAUCCCCUGCUCUGAUGGAGAUCCUCUUAGACAGAAUGAAGAACAUUGACAAGGCGCAGGCAAUUGAUCAUCACAUUUCUGAAUUUGGUGACGUCCGAUACCACAUCCAGGAUUCAGCACAAGACCAAAAUAGUAUUUAUCUGUCAAUAUCAGCUCCAUCUCUUUCUCCAAACCAUUUCCUUCGCAAUGGCCUUCCAAGGGGUACAGCACAAACAAUAGAAAGAAUUUAUGGUGGUGUUGCAGAAAUUUUUGAGCCUCCAAAAGAGGGAUUCCAACUAACUAUCAGAAUCGAUUUCUCUAAGCUUCCACUUGCCGAAGAAGAUCGAAUCAAAGUGGGCACUGAGAUCUGUUCAUUAAGAGCAGUUCUACUGGGCUCACAAUUGAAGGAGAUGCUAUGGACCCUAUGUUCACAAGAUGAUGUGCAUGGGGGCUACAAGCCCAUCAAACUCAUGUACCACCCAGGAGAGCCUUUCUUUGUUAUAAGACUGCCAGAUAAGAUCACAUCUGUAUUCCCCAUGAGAUUCAAGGACGACUCCGAUGUAGUUCUUGCAACGGCCUUCUUUCAGGAACUCAUGGAUUUAAGGUGUUCCUCAUCAUGGGAUAAAGCACCCACUUGUACAUGGUCACCUAUUCCUCCUAUAGAGUUGAGAGGAGAGCCUCUUCAUGAAUUGAGCACCAAUGGAGGAUUUGUAUCAUUUGAUAUACUUUCACGCCAUAUUGAGGGUCCCAAACUUGAGAAAACCGUGUGGAGUCUGCUAAACUUUUCUGCAUAUGUGAAAUACCACAUAAAGUGUUCAAGAGGAUUCAUGCAGAGAAGUAUGCGUAAGCGAUUGGAAAGCUUGGCUGAGGUAAUGCAGAAAGCAAAGAUAACGAGAGAUGAUAAGAAACAGGUUCAAGGUUGUGGGUGCAUGAGGAGACUUCUGAAUGCAUCAAAGACAAAAGUCAACCGGACAAACUGCGGUCAAUUUUUACAGAAGAUCAAGAGAGUACGUUUACGAAUCCGAAUUCGGGGCUUUAGUCGAUUCCAACGAAGGUGGUUAAAAAUUCCCAAAUUUCACUCGUCAAUAAAGUACUCCAAAUUGGACUAAAACCGAUUUUGCAUGCAAGAAAC